GAUAAAAUAUACUAAACCAUAAAUAUGGAUAAAAUCGAAUACCUUAAUUAUGAUUAAAAUUUCGCUUUAAAAAUGGUGUAAAUAAAUAAACUAGUUAAAUAAUCUUGCGAAGAUAUACAAUUAUUUAUCUCAUAAGCCAUCAAUUUCUUGAAUAUGUAAGACGAAGAUCCUGAAAAUGAGUCAGAUUUAGAAUCUGAAUUAUAAGUCUUCAAUAAGAAUUACAUAUUUUCUCAAGAUGAAAAUGAAAGAGAAUCUUGUUAUAUUCCAAUUUAUAAAAAGAUUUAUCUUAAUAAUAAAAACAGAAUUAGAGUUGAGCCUGAUGAACUUUUCAUGUUAUAAAAAAUUCAAUCUAUUUAUGAGAAGAUAUUUAAUAAUAACAUUGUUCUUAUUUAUAGAUGUAUUUACGAUUAUGAGAAUAUCCAUAUUUACAACUCUAAAUGUAAUUAUAAUGGAGAGAAAUAAAAAUAAAUAUAAGGAAGAAUGAGCAAUAAGAAAAUAAAUGAUCCUUAGGAUUUAGAUAGUUUCGAGCAUCCUUAAGGUUAAAACUCUAAAAAAGUGAAAAUAGAAGAAGAACAAAAUCAAUAAAUUUCUGGUUAAGAUUUUGGUUGCGAAAUAUCAAAAAAAUAAAUUCAGAAUGAUCAUCAUUCCUAAAUGAAUAAAUAAUCUUAAUAGGAAGAACCUAUAACUUAAAGUGUAAAUUUACCUUAAAGCGAAGCUUUACUUGGUGGUGCUAUUGUAUCUAAUAAAAUAAUUUUACACAAUAGCAUGAGUGUGAAUAUAUUCAAAAGUAUGCCUGUAUCCAAUAUCAUACCUGCAUCUAAUAACAUGUCUGUACCAAAUAGCAUGUCUAUACCAAAUAAUAUAUCUGUAUCAAAAAGUAUACCUGCAUUUGAUAACAAGCCUGUACCUUAUAGUAUGUCUGUAUCCAGUAUCAUUUCUGCAUCCAAUAGUAUAUAUGAACCUAAUAAUGUACCUAUACCCUAAAACGGAAUCGUGACCAAAAUCUACCCUAUGCUCCAGCGUUAAAAUUUAUUCGAUUAUCUUUGUUAAAUACAGAAAAAUUUGUAUGAAAGAUUAGAUAUAUUUUUGAAAUUAAGUCAAAAAUAAUACGACUUCGUCAUCAGUGACUAUUCUAAUAUUAAGAAAGAUUUUAACGCUUUUUAUGAAUUCUUCAAUUAAACUUUUAGAGAAACUGCUUAAAAUUAUUUUUAAAGUAAAUUUGGAAUGUAAGCUAUGUUUAAUGAAGCUUUAUUUAAUAAAUUGGUGGAUAAAAUAGUUAUUUAGUAGCCAUAUGGAUGUGCUGACUUGUCAAAAGAUUAUUUUAUAAAAUAUAUGUUAAAUCCAGAUCAUAUUUAAACCCAUAUCUAAAGAUUCCCAAAAAUGGUAAAUAGUGAUUUGAAACAUUUUGCGACUUUUGCUACUGAAUGCAAUAAAUUAAAAAAAACAGUUGAUUAUGUGGUUUUUAAUUCCGAUACAGUUUAACAACACCAAAGUUUUGUACCAGUUUUAAAAUUAGAUGAUAAUUUAAAUUUAAAUGAAUAAUUAUCUAUUUCUACGAAGUUGAUUUAUUUCCACUAAAUCGGAAUUGAAAAGUUUAUAAAUGAAAUGUAAGGAUUCUUAAGAUAAGAUCUAAACAUAUAAUUUAGUAUAUAUUUCUCCCUUGUAAUAAUAAAAAAAUUGUUCUUUGCAUGCGAUUUUUAUGGAGAUCCUCUAGAAGAUACUGAAUUGCAAAAUUUUAUUGAAUCUAUGAAACUCUUUUAAUAAUAUUAUACCGGGUAAGAAUUUAAUUUAUAGAUUAAUAGAAAUCAUGCUCCGUAUUUAUCUAACCGAUAAAGUAAUAUAAAUAAAAUGGAAGAAGAUAGUUUUGACUAUGAAAAAUAUAAACAAUAAAACAUGGAAUUGUUUUAGAAUAAAAAAUAAAAAGAUCUUGGAAAGAAAAAUAAUGACGAAGAAUAGAAACAAAUAGAUAGUUAGAUGUAUAAAGCUAGAAUAAGAGAUUCUAAUAAUGUUUAAGAUUCUUAAUAAGGAUAUCAUCCUGAAAAAUAAAACACUGUUCGAUAAAUGAACAUACCAUUUUAACUUUCGAAUAACACGAUGUUAUAAAAAAGCAUAAAUAAAAUAGAUAAAAAAAGUUAUGAGUUAGAAUAUG